AUGCCCGUUCCCGAGUCGCAGUACCUUAGCCCCGUCUGGCGGGACAGCCUGUUCAAGGGUCGAGUCGUCUUCGUGACCGGCGGCGCCGGCACCAUCUGCAGCAUGCAGACCCGGGCGCUGGUGCGUCUGGGCGCCGACGCGUGCAUCGUCGGGCGCAACGUGGACAAGACCGAGGCAGCCGCCAGAGACAUUGCGACGGUGCGUCCAGGGGCCAAAGUCAUUGGCAUCGGCGGAUGCGAUGUGCGCAAGAUCGAGAACCUCAACGAUGCCGCCGAACGAUGCGCCAGGGAGCUUGGGGGCAUCGACUUCGUCAUUGCCGGGGCGGCCGGCAACUUCAUCGUGUCCAUGGAAGCCAUGAGCACCAACGCGUUCAAGGCCGUCAUGGACAUUGACGUCGUCGGCACCUUCAACACCAUCAAGGCCACGAUGCCGCAUCUCCUCAAAAGCCCCGACGCGCGCCUCAUCUACGUCUCGGCGACCUUCCACUACACGGGCAUGCCGAUGCAGGGCCACGUGGCGGCGGCCAAGGCCGCGGUCGACUCGCUCAUGGCCUCGGUGGCGCUCGAGUACGGCCCGCGCGGGGUCUCGAGCAACGUCAUCGCGCCCGGGGCCGUGGCGGACACGGAGGGGACGGCGCGGCUGGUCGGCACCGACCGCGCGGGCUUGGCGCGGCACACGAGGAGCAUCCCCACCGGCCGGCUCGGGACCGUCCGCGACGUGGCCGACGCCACCGUCUACCUGUUCAGCCCGGCCGGCUCGCACAUCAACGGCCACGCGCUGGUCGUGGACGGCGGCGCCUGGCGGCGCCAGGGGGCGGUGGCCAUGGGGGCCGAGGAGCUGCGGUACCCAGACUACCUGCUUCCAGAGGGCGAGGAACCCAAGGUGAAGCUGUGA